AUGGACACAUUUUGCCUCUACGACGACGCCGUUCCCCAUGCCCUUGCCUCCCUCGACGCUCUCGGACAUCCUGUUGACAAGAUGGAAGCCCAUUCUAAUGGACCCAAGACCUCAUUCUAUACGCUCAUUGUCGCCAGUCUCGCCCCGGACAUGGCUCUUUCGAUUGCUUCACGCCUGGGGAGGAUCCAGCCUCCAUCAACCCAAGUUAUACAGCCUGGCAACCCCAAGACUCUCGACUACCUUCGCGAACAUGUUGAUACUAUGCGGUAUAUGGUUCAAAGACUCGACCAGCAGAAGCUUGUUAGCCUGAGCUCUGAAGUUACUUGGAACAUGGGGCCCGUGGAAAAGAAAACCUCGUCGGCAUAUGGCUUUCUUAACGGCUUCGCGACCCCCAACAUGUACUUCCAUGUGGUCACUGCCUAUGAUAUCCUCAGGAACUCUAGACACUCCUUUGCCAUGUCUGUCGUCGUAGUGGCCGGCGGUUCUGGUGACCUAGGCAGUCUCAUCGUCAAGGCAUUGUUUGAGACAGGGAAGCAUGAGGUAUAUGUGCUAUCGAGAGGACGGCCAGCUGAUUCUCCGGAGCGAGUGUCUCCCUUGACUGGCAAAUCCUACAUCCCCUUCAUUCAGACUGAUUACUCGAGUAUCGAUGCCCUCGCCGAAGGCCUGGAUAUGCACAGAGUCGAGGUAGUAAUCUGCGCCUUCAGCCUUCGUAACGACAGCGCAUGCAACGCACAGUUACAGUUAAUCCAGGCCGCCGACAAAGCCUCUUCUGUCAAACGCUUCAUACCAUCCGAGUUCAACAUCGACUAUGAUCUCGGCGAUAUAGUACCGUAUUCGAACAAGAGGUUUCACUUGGCCGGCAGACGCGCGCUUGAAAAGACGGGUCUGGAGUUUAGCUAUAUCUAUCCUGGCAUGUUUAUGGACUACUACGGCAUGCCCAAGUUCCCAACACCGCUGAGGCCACUGUGCUUCUUUAUCGACCCCGUCAACCAAGUUGCAGUCCUUCCAGAUGACGGCGAGGCAAAAAUGUCUAUGUCCCUAACUACGGAUGUCGCUCGCUAUACUGCCCUAGCGCUUGACUUGGACAAAUGGCCGAGAUUCAUGACAACAACUGCGAGCACUGUCACCUUGAAGAACCUUGUGCAUCUUUUCGAGAAGUACACAGGUCGCCCAUUCAAUGUCGAGUAUCAACCAGCGUCCAAGUUUCUGGAGCACGAAAGCAUGUUGCUUCCUGAAAAUGGCGCCAUUGCUGAACGGUUUCCCCAGCGAUUUCCGGGUGGUCUCAAGCAACUUCAGGCCUUAAUAGCUGAUCUUGAGGCCAGUGUGGCCCUCAGAGCGUAUGACCUAGACAGGCUUGAGGGCCAGCUGAACCUCACUGAAGUCUUUGAGGGGAAAACAUCGUCACCUACACGGAUCGAGGACCUAAUGAAAACAACAUGGGUGACGGAUUGA